AUGCAGCAGCUGACAUCUCGUCCGCUGACGGAAGUGGUAGCUGAGAACGGACGGGCUUUGAUGCAAGUACCACGGUACCUGGCGAGAGCGUACAGUUCAGCAGCUCGCCGGUACUUGCGCCCGUGGAACGAGUUUGCCAGGCUAAACCCUCAGAGAGUUGUGGAGGGUGUUCGACAAGCUUCGCGCAGAGGGGAGAUCCAAGUCUAUUUGCAGAGAAAUGUGAUUGCCAAUGCUCGGCACUUCUGCCCAAACUAUGCCUUCAUUUUCCUGGCUAUGCUUUUCAUGUUUGUUUGCACUUCGCCGAUGCUGCUGAUGAUGCUUGCAGGUGUGGGUGGCGGCUGGUCACACGCCAUGCGAAGCGAUCAGUUCAGAAAUCGCCCGUGGACGCUUCAGAUAGGCGAGUCAGUCCCUAGCAGGUUUUGCCGUUGGCAUUCCCAGCACAUGGCUGACCAAUUUGCCGAUUGGACCAAGGUCAAAGUCAGGGCAUUCAGGGUCGGUUGGAUUCUCUCAUGGCUAGACGGUUAG